AUGGGACCAGAAGAAGAACUAGAUCUCACCCUCUCGCUCAGGUGUGGUGGAUCAAAGGAAACUCCUCUCUCUUCUCCUUCUCCUUCUCUUCCCGUACUAAAGUUUUUUCAAACAAACUUACCCUUAAUGCAAACAUUUUGCCCUAACCCUAACCCUAACCCUAACCUUAACCAUGUCCCUAACGUUAACCCUAAUCCUUCUUUAGCCACAUUUUCCAACCACAACAACAACUGUCUUUCGAUGCAAUCCACCAACCCUCCAAAUGCACCUGUUGUAGUACCAAAAAAUGUUUCCACAGAUACAAACUCUUUGGGUAGGUCUCGUCGCACUGUAUGUAUUCGGCGUGGCAAAGGAAUGAAGGAAACGGUUCGUGGGAAAGCGAAGAACGAAACUAUUCCGGCACUGUUUCCUUGGAUGAAGAAUCAGCGAGCCAGCGUACACAGUAAGCAAUAUCUAUCGGAGAAUAAUAUCCACACCAUCAAAGGAAAGGUUCACUGCAAGAGGUGCGAUCAUGAAUUCGAGUUGAGUCUGGAUUUGGAAGAGAAAUUGAAGGACUUAUGCCAAUUUAUUAGCAGAGGAAAAAACAAGUGGCAUAAUAGAGCCCCAAGGGUUUGGAUGAAUCCGGUAUUUCCAAAAUGCCCCCUUUGCGGACGAGACAGCAGCACAAGACCCAUCAUUGCAAAAAACAAAAAGGAGAUUAAUUGGUUGUUCUUAUUGCUCGGCCAGAUGCUUGGUUGUUGCACACUUAAUCAUCUCAAAUAUUUCUGCAAGCACAAUGAGAUCCAUCGAACUGGUGCCAAAGAUCGUCUUCUUUAUGAUAUCUAUGAGAACCUCAUCAAUCAACUUGUACCUGGUUUUUUAUCUAAGUCUUGA